AUGUCAUAAUCGUCAAGUUAAUUUUUAAAUAAAUGGUUUGAAUCUGACAUUUUAAAAGGAACGCUUAUAACUGAUGGCAUCAUAGGGGAAAUGAUAUCUAUUGAUACUCCAGCUAGUGCAUAUAUCUUAUUGCAUCAUGUAAUGGGUGAAAUAUUCCCAAAUUCUAAGGGAGAAUGGGCGUUUGUUGAAGGUGGAAUGGGAUCUAUAUCUAAAAUACUUACUAAAUUGAAUGAAUAGAAGGGAGUAGAGAUCAAGACCAAUAUAGGAGUGGAAUAAAUACUAACAUCUAAUAAUUAGGUUACUGGAGUUAAAUGUUCAGACAAUAAUAUAUAUUAUAGUGAUACUAUAAUAAGCAGUGUAACUCCAAGAAUCACCUUUGAGAAAUUACUAUCAAAUGAUUAAUAAACAAAGAAUCCUAAAUAUUUCAAUGAUGUUAAACAUAUGGAAUAUAAUGGAGCUUGUACUAAAUUUAAUUUUGCUGUAUCUGAAAUGCCUAAAUUUAAAUGUUUUGAAGGAACCAAAUAUGAAAACCCUGAAUCUGUAUUAAUUGGUACAACACAUUUAGGAUGUGAAAGAUUGGAUACAUUAAGAUAUGCAUACUAAGAUUGUAUAAAUGGAAAGUAUUAUUAAUUAAUAAUUCAUCUUAUAGAUCAUUUAGUGAUAAUUUAUUUGUGGAUUUAGUUGUUCCUACUGUUCAUGAUAAGACAAUAGCUCCAUAAGGGUAACAUAUUGUAUAAUGUUUGGUUUAAUAUACUCCUUAUAAGGCUAAUUGGAAUGAGUAAAUCAAAUAAUAGUUGAAGGAAUAAGUUAUUGAUUACAUUUCUCAAUAUGCUCCAAAUUUCAAGUAAUUAUUAUUGCCAUUUUAAUAGAAAUUCUAUACUCUAUACUGAUAUGGUAACACCAUAAGAAAUUGAGUAACUCUUGAAUAUGACAGAAGGUAAUAUUUUUCAUGGUGCUUUAACUUUGGAUAAAUUGUAUGGAAAUCGACCAAGUAAUGGAUAUAAUAGUUAUGGAACACCAAUUAAUGGAUUAUUUUUAUGCGGUUCUGGAACUCAUCCCGGUGGAGGUGUAAUGGGGGCUCCAGGAAGGAAUUGUGCAUUGUAUAUUAACAAUUAUGUAAAAUGA